AAUAUUGUAUACGAAGCUGACGGGCUCAUUAAACUUACCAACACCCACAUACGGUGCCCACUGCAUCCCACAUUUUCUUUUUCGCGAGGUUUCUCGACCUGUUGCCACCACCCAAAUGCAAUUCGACAGCAGCAGCGUCCAUUCUCACGUAGCAUGAGAGCAUUGAACACCUCCUAACCCACAAGCUCCCCAAAGCACAAUCAUGGCGCGCUCGCCUUUCCCUGUCAUCGUGCUGGCCGCGGUGACACUCAUGCUUCUGGCCGUUUUGAACAUUUACCACGGCGUCGACACGCCAGUUUUCGAUUUUCUAGACGAAAAGGUGCGGCCUCGAGUCUUGUCUGGACACGACCUUCCAAACGACGAUGGAGAUGAAUACCUUGUUGGUGUUGGUAAAGCCGACAUUACAGGGCCCGUUGUCGAGAUCGGCUUCAUGGGCUACGCCGACGUCAAUCAGGCUGGAACUGGUCUGAGGCAGCGUCUGUAUUCCAGAGCUUUCAUCGUCGGAGACAAAGUCCAGCCAAAGGAUCGCUUUGUGUAUCUGGUCCUCGACACUCAAUCUGGAGAUACAGCCGUCCGGUAUGGCAUUCUGCAAGCUCUCGAGGAGCUCGGAGGAGAAUUCGCAUUGUAUGGUCAGCACAAUGUUGCCGUGACCGGAACCCACUCCCACAGUGGACCCGGUGCCUGGUUGAACUACCUCCUGCCCCAACUGUCCACCAAGGGCUUCCAUAAGCCUUCCUAUCAAGCCAUCGUUGAUGGUGCUGUUGCUUCCAUCAAACAGGCACACCAUCAACUCGCUCCUGGCUACCUGCACGUUGGAACGAUCGAUGUCAAAGAUGCAAACAUCAACCGAAGUCCGUAUGCAUAUCUCGCCAACCCAGCGGAGGAGCGGGAAAAAUACCAGGACGAUGUCGACAAGACGAUGAGUGCGCUUCGUCUUUCUCACGCAACAUCCGCCGGCAAGAAAGACAUCGGCGUCUUCACCUGGUUUGCUGUUCACGGCACGAGCAUGCUUGCCAACAACACUUUGGUCACUGGCGACAACAAAGGAGUAGCCGCCAUUCUUUUCGAGCACUCCCUCGAGGAUCCAGCUUUCGUCGCGGGCUUCAGCCAGGCAAAUGUUGGUGACACGACGCCAAAUGUUCUUGGGGCGUACUGUGAGUCUGGUGAUCAGGAAGGCCAGAUGUGCGACUUUGAAACAAGUCUAUGCGGGAACCAGAACGAGCCGUGUCAUGGUCGCGGACCAUACUUUGGACGUGACGAUGCCGGAACGGCGUCGGCGUUCGAGAUUGGUCGUCGUCAAUUCGCGGCCGCUCGGACAUUGUUUGAUGACAAGAGUGCAUUCAAACCUGUUCGAGGCAAAGUUGUCAAAAGCCUGCAUCAAUUCGCAGAUCUCAGCUUUUAUGAAUUCAACCUUCCGAACGGCACUGCUGUGAAGACUUGCCCUGCCGCACUUGGCUACUCCUUUGCUGCUGGAACGUCCGACGGCCCAGGCGCUUUCGACUUCAAGCAAGCUCAGCCAAACGAUCCGAACGCGAAUCCUUUAUGGAAGGUAAUUGGCGGUGCUUUAGCCAUUCCAAACGAGGAGCAGAAGGAAUGCCAACGAGAAAAGCCGAUCCUACUCGAUGUCGGCGAAACUCACGUCCCGUACGAUUGGGCUCCGAACAUCGUCGAUGUGCAACUUCUCCGUGUCGGUCAAUUCUUCCUUGUGGUAUCCCCCGGCGAGGCAACAACCAUGUCCGGACGCCGAUGGAGGGCUGCAAUCCAUGAUUCCGCCAAGUCCUCAUUCAAUGACCUUGAGUCCGAGGAACCUUUCGUGGUCCUUGGAGGGCCGGCCAACACCUAUACACACUAUAUUGUCACACCGGAAGAGUACUCCGUCCAGCGAUACGAGGGUGCGUCGACACUCUACGGACCCUGGACGUUGGAUGCCCACAUCAACUUGACGUUGACCGCCCUUCCAUACCUCUCUUCAUCGUCCGCUAGACUGCCAGCCCUCGCAGCUGGGCCAGAUCCACCAAACAAUGUUGACAGAAGCUUGAGCUUCAUCACUCCAGUCGUAGUCGACACUCCUGGUCUGCUCAGUAACUUUGGCGAUUGCACCACGGAUGUCGAAGAGAGCUACGCCCCUGGCGACACCAUCUCCGCAACCUUCAUCGGCGCCAACCCCCGCAACAAUCUCCGCCUGGGUGGGACUUUCGCUGCCGUCGAGAAAUGGCAAGAGGACUAUGGGUCGUGGCAGCAAGUCCGAGACGAUGCAGAUUGGAGUCUCGUCUACGAAUGGAGCCGUGGGCUGACCGUAGCUGGCACGAGUUCAGUGACCAUUAGUUGGGAGACGAAAGACCCUGAUCUUCGUGGAAAGUACAGACUGCGAUACUAUGGUGACGCGCAGUCGUUGCUUGGCUCGAUUGAUGCUUUUGAAGGCACGAGUGGGGAGUUCACCAUCACAUAA